CAUAGACUUGUUUUCUUGCUGUUGUGCAUUUGACCGGGUGUUUUUUUUUCGAUUUUUAUUGAGUUUUACGGUCGGUGAUUUGCUUUAACAUGAAGUCAUCGGGAAGUAAACGAAUUUUCCAUUCUACUGGAGAAAUCGCGGUGACAAAAGCGGUGAACAUUACAUUAGGGGAUAUUUUGGACUACAUAGGAGAUUCCAUUAGGCCGCUUCGAGAAGGGCAAUCUUUUUUUGAAUCAGGUCAUGUUGUGUGCAUCGGUUAUACAAAUGAAAGUGAUUCCAUGAUUGAUAUUUGUGGAUUUGUGCUCCAAAGUUCCCAUCCAGGAGACGUUCCUCAUGAAGUUAAACUGCAUAUUGGCUACGAUUUCCGUCAUUGGAUUCUUCGAUGUGUAUGCAAAGCGGGUACCGCUAGAUGUAAACAUAUUGUCGCCUGUUUGCUUCAUCUCGCUAACACUCGCUUUGUAGAAUAUUUAACAUGUACCAACUCUCGCCAAGCAUGGGGAAUUAGUAAAAGCGAGAAAACUGAUUUAUGGAAAGCCAAAGUUGUCAGGAAUCUUUGCUGUGCCAGGAAGCAUUCGCAACUUGCGGUGAUUGAUCUUGGCAACAUGAGGGAAUUGCUUAAACAAGGCUUUGAUCGUAUUAUGGAUGCUUCACCCGAUUCCGCUGUCAAGAAACACAUCACCGGAAGAGAGCAAACAUGUCAUAGAUUUCCAGUAGGACCACUGCAAACAAAUAAUUUGGACAAGUUUUUGACAAACUAUGAGCUUCGUGAUUAAAUUCAAAUUUCGGAUCAAAAUCCUACGCAUUAAAUAGAUAUAAAAUUUGUUUCA